AUGUCUGAUAUCAAGGCUGAUAGGGUGUUGCGACCAUUGGAUGCGAAAGCUGCAUUUGACGUUGUUGAGAUAGAUAAGCAAACUUACCGUGGUGUCAAGCCAUUGAGAAAACCAGCAAAGGAGAUUAGAGGAGUCUAUGGUGGUAACAUUGUGGGUCAAGGAAUUCUUGUUGCAAUGAGAUCUUCUCCAUCGGGGUUCACGCCCAACUCUGUUCAUUCGCAUUUCAUCAAGGCUGUCAAUGAGGAAACUCCACUUAUAUGGAAAGUUGAAGAAGUCUCAACUGGGAAGUCGUUUGCUACGAGGAAACUACGUGCCUUGCAAGACGAUGUUGUGGUAUUCACAUCAAUGGUUUCAUUAACGUCUAAAAACUCGGCGUCAAAGACGGGACACAAGGAUAGUACACAGAUGGAGUACAGUGUUCCUCCCGGAAAGACAUUAACAACCCAGAGUCUCAAAGGUGAACCGCUGGCAUAUGCAGCACUACCCCUAUUCGUGUACCAAAAGUUUUACGAAGACCAGAAGGAUAAGGAUACGUAUGCUUUUCAAUUAAGAUGGGGUAUUAAAGACGACGCCAAUUUCUAUCAAGAACACCAGAAUGUGACACCAGAGUUCAAAUACGUUGGACUUACUAUUUUGACCGACUGGGUAGCGGUUGAAUUGGCAGUUCCACAUGUAGGUAUGGAGGUUCCUCCAAAAUUUGAAACUUCAAUUGACCACAAUAUUUAUUACCACGAAGACGAUUUUGAUAUCGACCAAUGGUUUGUAUAUGUUUUGGGUUUCAAAUGGAUUGGAAAUGAUAGAGCUUUGGUUAAGGCUGAUUUGUACACCGAAGAUAACAAACAUGUUGUGACCAUUGUACAGGAAAGGUUGUACAUCACCAGUUCUAAAUUGUAA